AAGUGAGCUUAAAGCCAGCCUGAACUGCAUAGCGAGACUCCCAUCUCAAAAAAAAAAAUAGUAGCAAGAACAGCCUGAUUAUCUUUGAUUUCGCCUACAUCUAGGUGAAGAGAGUAUGCGGCAUGCGUCCAGGAUCUUUGGAUCUCUGUCUGGACAGGUGGCAUGGGCAAGGUCUGCAACCAAAUGUGUGCUCUGUGCUCUGUUUAGCUUAGAAUACAAAGGAGACCUUUGAAAUACUGACAACUAGACCCCAGGGAAGUGGUCAAUUGAGUAAAACGAGAGAAGCAGAGCUUGCAUUUGAGAAAGAGAGAGAGAGAGAGAGAGAGAGAGAGAGAGAGAGAGACAGAGAGAGAGACAGAGACAGAGAAAAAACCCUUGCAUUUGAGUUUCCAGGAAGGAUCCAUCCUCGGAGACAGCUCCUGGUGACCGACCAAGGUCACUAAAUAGGGACUGUGCUCUGCAUGUUUUUAAACGGGAAGUGGUCAGGAGACUGGAUUUUCAGAACCACCCUUUACCAAAUGCAUAAGGAAAACAGAAGGAAAAAACCCUUCAAAGUAUUACUAUUUGAAAAUAAUGAAGCGAGAACCUAAAUCAAAUCAAACCUUUUCCAAGAGAAUAAAUACUACCCUUUCCUUCUGAAAGUUUGAAGAGUACAAGGGCUGUUGCCAGUGGGCUCUGCGGGCAGCUCCGCCCUCCCUCCUCCACUGCCACCAGAGCCUUGGGGUUCAGCACCUCGGAAAGCGCCCCCGCUCCCGCGCCGGUUACGCAUGCUCCUUAGGACUCGCCGCCCGGGUUCCGUGGGUGUCUGCGAGUAUAACCGCGAAGCGCCUUCCUCAGUUCACUGGGAGUUAACCGCAGAGAGACGGAGACACCUGCAGACCUCCAGGCAGUGACGGGGAGGUGGACGCAACUUUCCGAUCUCUACUUUUCUCUAGAAGCACAGGAACCUCUUCCAAGCCGCAGUAGAGGAAACCAGCAAAGGUAUUGGAAGGCAGAGCGGUGGGAGUCGCGCUCCUGAGCAGCAGGUGGUCUCUGCUCGCUGCCCAAGUGGCAGCGCAAAAUUAAGAAGGGAGGUCUCAGCUGCACAACGGGAACCCCGAGACUGCCUCUGGCUGGAGACACACAGACGCCGGCUCCCUUUGGGCACUGCCCUCUGCUCUCUUCGGCUUCAGGGCAGACGCCCAGCUCAGCUCCUGCGCCCACCGCGCUCGCUGUCUUUUGCGGCUACUAUUGAAAGCUCCGGUGCACACCUUGCGCUCUGCAGGGACCACGCUCGGGGAGAUCCUGCUUCCUUAGUUUCUUCCUUAGUUUCCCCACACAUGGCCUAGAGGAACCUGCGCUGCAUGCAGGUGGCUGCUGCAACCACGACAGUCACCAUGAACAAGGCUGCUGGAAGUGAGGCACUCACAGAGCUCUUCGGACUGAUCCCGGACCUUCUCCAGGCUGCCAACGCUAGUGACAACGCGUCGCUGCAGCUUCAGGACUUGUGGUGGGAGCUGGGGCUAGAGUUGCCUGAUGGUGCGGCACCAGGGCAUCCCCCGGGUAGCAGCGGGGCAGACAGCUCCGACACAGAGGCCCGGGUGCGCAUUCUCAUCAGCGCGGUGUACUGGGUGGUUUGCGCCCUGGGGCUGGCGGGCAACCUGCUUGUGCUCUACCUGAUGAAGAGUAAACAAGGCUGGCGCAAGUCCUCCAUCAACCUCUUUGUCACCAACCUGGCGCUGACGGACUUUCAAUUCGUGCUCACUCUGCCCUUCUGGGCGGUGGAGAACGCGCUUGACUUCAAAUGGCCCUUCGGCAAAGCCAUGUGCAAGAUCGUGUCCAUAGUGACGUCCAUGAACAUGUACGCCAGCGUCUUCUUCCUCACUGCCAUGAGUGUGGCGCGCUACCACUCAGUGGCCUCAGCCCUUAAGAGCUACCGGACCCGAGGGCACGGCCGUGGCCACUGCUGCGGCCAGAGCUUGGAAGACAGCUGCUGCUUCUCAGCCAAGGCAUUCUGUGUGUUGAUUUGGGUUCUGGCUGCUCUAGCCUCGCUGCCCAAUGCCAUUUUUUCCACCACCGUCAAGGUGAUGGGUGAGGAGCUGUGCCUGGUGCGCUUCCCGGACCAGUUGCUGGGUGGUGAUAGGCAGUUCUGGCUGGGCCUGUACCACCUGCAGAAGGUGCUGCUAGGCUUCGUGCUGCCUCUGGGCAUCAUCAGCCUGUGUUACCUGCUACUGGUGCGUUUCAUCUCCGACCGCCGCGUCGUGGGGACUGAAGUGGCCGCUGGGGGAAGCCUGACUGGAGCCAGCGCUCGGAGACGCUCCAAGGUCACUAAAUCAGUGACCAUCGUGGUCUUAUCCUUUUUCCUGUGUUGGCUGCCCAACCAGGCCCUCACCACCUGGAGCAUCCUCAUCAAGUUCAACGCGGUGCCCUUCAGCCAGGAGUACUUCUUGUGCCAGGUGUAUGCAUUCCCCGUGAGCGUGUGCCUGGCGCACUCCAACAGCUGCCUAAACCCCAUCCUCUACUGCCUUGUGCGCCGUGAAUUCCGCAAGGCGCUCAAGAACCUGCUGUGGCGGCUCGCAUCGCCCUCGCUGACCAACAUGCGUCCUUUCACUGCCACCACCAAGCCAGAGCCAGAAGACCACCGACUGCGGGCCCUGGCACCGUUCCAUGCAGGCACUGAGCCUGACCUGCUCUAUUACCCACCUGGCAUGGUGGUCUACAGUGGGGGGCGCUAUGACCCGCUGCCCAGCAGCUCAGCCUAUGACACAAAGUAAGACUCAGGGUAUGCAGCAGAACAAAGCCACUGCACAGGCAGGGAAAAAGGAGAGUGGAUAACUGGAGACUGAGGGACCCCACUUCAAGAAGUAGGACAAAAGGGGACGGGGAGAUGGUAGGGGAACCUUCUUUGUGAAGCCCACAGAACCUGGCCUUGGAUCCGCUCCAAAUGCCACCCCUGUGUCCUUUCCUUGUUAUCUACCUACCCUGGAGAGGGUUGGAGCUCCCAGAAACAGAAAGGCAUCAGGAAAGCAAAAAAAACUGGGUCACGGGAAGUGAGUCUCAGCUAAAUAAUGCACAAAUAACUGAUCAUUUAUUCCAGCAAUGUUUAUGGAGUGCACUAUAGGCCAAGCUGUAUCCAGACAGAAAAGCUGCCCAAAGAACCUUUCCUGUGCUCUUUGACCUUCAAGAAUGUCUUGAGGAGCAGAAGUCUAAAUUGCUGCCUUGAGAGUGAAUUUGGAGGAAGAAGCCUUUCCAGAGUUGGGAGAAAGUAUUGACCAUGUUGGUCUGUCCCAAGAGAAAUGACAAGGGAGAGGCACCACCACUCAAGGGAGACAUGGUUUCAUCUAUGUUUCCAACAGGGCAAGUGGGCACAAGCUGAGCUUGACUGUAGACUUGCCGCUUCUGAGCUCAGAUGUUACCAGGGGCAAAACUUCUGUCCCAAGGGAAACAGAGAGGUUCAUUUGGGAGCAAUCUUAACACAGGAGAGAGCAGUGUAAUUAGAGAGGCUGAGUACAAAAAUGUCUUUAGGCCACUGUCCCUAGAAGGCCUGAGGUGCUCACUUGGGAACUGAGCAGGAUGUGUAUCAGGAGCAUCUCGGAAGCUGGGUGCUCCGGAUCCCCUGAGAACAAGCAGUCUGGGUCCCUCUGGUUCAUAUGCUACAGGUCAGCAGGACUCAGGAGCAUCUUGAAAAGCCCUUCAGAGAGCAAGAGCAUGCCUGCAGCCCCUCACCUCAUUGUUGGAAAUUGGGAUGCUCCUUUCAUUCAUCUGAAUUCUCUGGCUCUGCACCAGAGAAUAGAAGGGUGCUCCAUGAUGUUUUGGGUAUGCUUAGAAGAGUAAGAGACGCUGUUGAAAUGUGCAGUGGUUUCCUGCAGACCAAAUUCCUAAAAGCAGGAGUCUGUUCUUUCAAGAAGAGAUGUGAAACAGGAAAAAUAAUGGAAGAGUCAAAUAUAAUCAUCUUAAAGGGAAGAGAUUGGUGGAGAUACAGUUCU